AGGGGGAUUCCUCCAGCAGGUGGCGCUAGAGGGAAUUUGGUCAUAGGGAGGCGGGCUUCAGUCUCACUGCACCAAUGACGAGCUGCUGGGGUCAAAGUUGAAGGGUUAAAUCCAAUAUGGCGGCUAACAAACGAGUGCUGUAUGUUGGUGGCCUGGCAGAAGAGGUGGACGAGAAGGUGUUACAUGCAGCUUUUAUUCCGUUUGGAGACAUCACAGACAUCCAGAUACCAUUAGACUAUGAAACAGAAAAGCACAGAGGAUUUGCGUUCAUUGAGUUUGAAUUGGCAGAGGAUGCUGCAGCAGCUAUUGAUAACAUGAACGAGUCUGAGCUUUUUGGCCGGACUGUCCGGGUCAACACCGCCAAGCCCAUGAGAAUCAAAGAAGGUUCUUCUCGACCAGUGUGGUCGGACGACGACUGGCUGAAGAAGUUCUCAGGGAAGACCACGGAGGAGGCUGAGGGGGAGGCAGCGGGGGGAGAAACAACCAACACUGCGACACAGGAGGCUGAGCCCCCGGCUAAAAAGGGCAGAGUUAAUCCUCAGGUCUACAUGGACAUCAAGAUUGGAAACAAGCCAGCAGGGAGACUACGCUUCCUCCUUCGGGCUGACAUCGUGCCCAUGACAGCCGAGAAUUUCCGCUGCUUGUGCACGCAUGAGAAGGGCUUUGGCUAUAAGGGCAGCAGCAUUCAUCGCAUCAUCCCUCAGUUUAUGUGCCAAGGAGGUGACUUCACCAACCAUAAUGGCACCGGUGGCAAGUCCAUCUAUGGCCGGAAGUUCGAUGAUGAAAACUUUGUCCUUAAGCACACCGCUCCAGAUCCUGCGGAUAACUGGACAAACCUUGUAUCUCGUGCUCAACAGGGCAGCUCUCCAUGGCCAACUCUGGGCCAAACACUAAUGGCUCUCAGUUCUUCAUCACCACUGACAAAACAGACUGGCUGGAUGGCAAACAUGUGGUGUUUGGAGACCUGGUGGAGGGGAUGGAUGUGCUCCGUGCAAUGGAGGCUCAGGGGUCAAAAGAUGGCAAGCCAAAGCAGAAAGUCAUCAUCUCUGACUGCGGAGAAUAUGUGUAAACGAAGAAAAUGUAGUGUGUGAUUGUUUGUUUGUGUCUAUGGAGGCAGUGUAUGUCUGAGAGCACGAGUGUGUUCAUGGUCUUUUGUACUUUGAACCCAUGUUGUCUGCCAUGUAAAUAUUUCAAUAAACACAAUUUUUUUAUAAAGAAAAUGAAA